AUGGAACAUUGCUUGCCUCACUUUCAAGGUCGCCUCGUGAACCGGAGCCCUUCACAUACACACUUAUUAUGUAUGAACAGGGUACCUCUCUUUUAAAUAUUGCCUUGAGUAAGAUCCUUGUCUUCUCACUAUCUUACUGUCUUACCUACUUCUCAUCAUCUUCUCGCCCUACUAUCACUUCUACAGCCGAGACUUAUUAUUAAGUCAUCCUGCGCAAAGCGACCAAGAACUCAAUCUGGAUUCUAAUUCUCACUGAAUCAAGAUGGUUCGGAGGCGACCCCCUAAGAAAGAGAUUCAUCUCGCCAAUCGCGUUAAGAUCAAUGAUGAAAUGAUCAUUCAAUGUCGCCAAAAUCCGCGCUUUAUGCCACCAUAUUUCAGCCAUGAGCGAUUAAGCGAUACUCUCUACCAAGGCGACCUGACGCUUGCAGUGGUUGAUUGUCUAAACAAUAAAGUUAUCCCAUGCGAUACUAAGACUGCAGACUCUGAUGAAGAAUGGAAUUUGGAGGACAAUUCUCCAGAGUUUAUGAGCUCCAACGCUGAAAAUGCCAACCCGGAUGGAAUAAACAAUUCAACUACAUCGACAACUGGAAGACCUCAGAUUGGGGAACGUGUGGUUGUGGGUUGUACGCCAGUCGGCGGAAAAGGCAAGAGGGUGUGCGCUGUAGAGGAAAUGGACGAAGAUGACAGGUUACUUUUUCACUUGAAGCUAGCCAAGUGGACAGAGCGUGAAAUCCAUAAGAAAUUCGGGUCCGAAAAUCGCAUCAACUAUAGCACGAAGACAAUCGGAACUCGGUUCUCUCGUAUGCGCCGUUUUAUCACUCAAGAUAACGACAAACGCCUGGUGAAGGGGGAUGCAGUGUGGUUCGAGUCAGAGGAAUCACUACUUCCAAAGGCAUAUGCUUUUGCUACAACCGAGAUCAACAAGGAGCGGCGGUCUCUGGAAAAGCGCAAGUGGGAUUUGGUAGCAGAGUAUAUCCAGAGGUACGAACCAGUCGCCAUGUAUUCCGGGGAAGCCUGCCGUAAGCAUUACGAAGAAUUACGCAGUGGUACCGCGCCUAUGGUGCCUGAGAAGCAAAAACACCCCGACUUGAAGACGGCUAGGUUGCUUGCAACUCGCAAAAAACAAGCUGCGUACAUCAACCGGCUUCAAAAAGCCGACCGACCUAAGGUUUGACAUAUACCGAGCCGUUUCUUUGCAGUAUCAUCUUGCUUUCAAUACCGAAAAUUCUUCCUUGAUUGAUGUUUCUUGACUCUGGGGUGCUGAUUGGGGACUUGGUCCAGUUGGGAAUAUGCAAAGCGUGAGAAGGAAUGCGAACGUGAGGAGCGAAGAGGGGAGGCAGAGUUGAUAGUUACUGACGAGCUGUUGCGAAACAAUUGACUGCUUG